CUGGAGGAAGGAACGACUAAAGAGUCUAAAGUAGAAAGGUUAGUAGUCUCUGCUGCGACUGACUCACUUCUUCUUCUUCGAGCUCGAACCAAUCUUUGCUUCAUUCCGAUUCGAUUCGUACAGAUAUCAAAUUUUUAUGGAAUCUUGAUCAUUGAAAUGGAUGCGAAUAAAUUCUUCGUGUUGUUUCUCUCUAUAGCUUUGCUUUUGGGGACUUGUACUAAGGUUGAUGGAGAGGAACAACUUGUCUCGAAUUUGACAGAUACAAGUGUAUCUCAGAUUGUUACUGAUUCUAAGAGUAUAGAUCAUUCUACUAACACCACCCAUCAAUUGGGUGGAUCUGAGACCAAGCCUAUUGAUAGUACGAGUCAAAAGAGUAUAGGAGGAAGCGAUGGAGGUGAAAGCAGUAAGGAGGAGGAAGCUAAGAGCAACUCGUCUUCAAGGAAGAAACAAGGUGAAGACUGUGAUCCAUCUUAUAUGUGUUCUGAUGAGCAACAUCUGUUUCUCGCUUGUCUCCGUGUCCCUGGUGAUGAUGAUGCGCCUCAUCUCUCUCUCCUGAUUAAGAACAAAGCCAAAAGUGUAUUGGAUCUUACUUUAACUGCUCCCAGUUUCGUCCGCUUAGAGACCAAUAAAGUUCAGCUUCUUGAAAGCCAAGACACAAAGGUGAAAGUCUCUAUUAAGAAGGGAGGGUCCAACGAUAGCGCAAUCGUACUCACUUCUGGUAAUGGUGGCCAUUGCAGCCUUUACCUAAAAGAUUUGGCCGCUGCAGGACAUGAUACAGGAAAGGACAGUACAGUGGCUGUUUCUCGCCCUUCAAUACUCAACAUCAGCUCGCGAACACUCAUCGUGAUCGCCAUGAUUUCCUUCCUGGUUCUCUCCCUUGUCAUCAUCCCAGUGAUCUACCACGUUUACAGGACCAAGUCGCAGGGAAAAAGCAAAUACCAGAGGCUCGACAUGGAGUUGCCAGUCUCUAACACCCCAUUGGUAUCAAAAUCGGAUCAGGAAACGGGUGAUGACGGAUGGAACAAUAACUGGGGAGAUGAUUGGGGCGAUGGAGAUGAAGAGCAGCCGAAUACUCCAGUGUUACCACUCACACCGAGUGUUUCUUCUAGAGGACUUGCUCCUAGACGACUCAGUAAAGAAGGUUGGAAAGAUUAGCGCCUUUACUCUGCUUUUUUUUUUCUCUUUUGUUUCCGUGGAGUCUAUACAUUAGUACAAGAUGCCCGGAGAAUUUGUCUCCAAUUCGUAAGAAAAUUUGUGGAAUGCUGUUUUCUUCAUGUAUUGCAAACCAAACCACGUUCUCUUUAGACUUUUGGGCCUUUACUAUUUCUGAGUGUGAUGAGCUUCUUGUUUA